AUGAAUCUGACCAAUUCUUAUGAAAACAGACCAUUCAAACGCCCUAAACUACUCAUCAACGAUAAAACUUUGAAAAAUCAAAAUAGUGCAAAUAAAACCACCUUCCUUCCCAGCACCAAUAAUACUGCUAGAAAUGCCAUAAAUGCUCCUUUUAUAAAACCUAUUUCACAACCCAUACCGAGUCCCAUUCACAUCGCCACUACAACCCUAAGCGCUAAGAAAUAUUGCGCCCUAAUAUAUAGGAAACCUAGUUCUAAAAAACACAAGGCAUGGGAUGGUGAUGCCUACGGAAUUUUUAACACUUCAACAAAUCUUUUAACCAUAUAUGAUACUUCAGGUGUAUAUUUAUCAAAAAAAAUUAUUAAUUACCAAAAUUUUAGUGACGACGAAUAUAUUUUCCCAAGUAAUGGGUUAGAAUUUGCACUUGAUCAUUUCCUUCAAGCAAAUAGCAAAGAGUAUGAGGAAGUUUUAAAUGUAUUGAAUGAAAAUAAUAACAAGAGUGCGAAUAACACACAUGUAAUUGUUAAUCAGAUUGAUAAGCCAUUGAACGCUAUACCAAAAUUGAAACUAAAACCGUUUAAACCACCACUAAAAAAAAAUAGUACCAAAAUUUUAUUUCCAGUACAAAAGGGCGACUCUAAUGUAAUAAAUGACACACAGGAACCAAAAUAUGCUUCUCUAUUUGAUCCAUCAAAUAUAGAAAAUCCAUUAAUCAUGAAUAAACCAAAAAAUGCUGAAGUUGAUGUUAUUGUAGACCCAAAAUUAAGUAACAUGUUAAGACCACACCAACGUGAGGGGGUUAGAUUUAUGUAUGACUGUCUAAUGGGAAUUAAAUCACCAGAUAUUAGUAGUUGUUUACUAGCCGAUGAAAUGGGGUUAGGUAAAACUUUGAUGACGAUAACAUUGAUUUGGACAUUAUUAAAACAAACACCAUUCCCAUCAUCCAAAAAAUGUUCCCAAAGAAACCUGUCACUAGAGGGACAUUUGAAAAAGGUUUUAAUUGUCUGUCCAGUUACUUUAAUAAUGAAUUGGAAAAAAGAAUUCAGGAAAUGGUUAAAUUUAAACAGAAUUGGAGUGUUAACUUUAUCUACGAAAAACUCUCCAGAACGGGAUAAAAACGACGUCAGAAAUUUCUUAAGAGUGCAAAGAACCUAUCAAGUUUUGAUCAUUGGAUAUGAAAAAUUAAUCAACGUGGCAAAAUAUUUGCAUGAUAAUGAUGGAGAAAUUGGCUUAUUGGUAUGUGAUGAGGGCCAUAGAUUGAAAAACGGCAAUUCAAAAGUUUUGAAAGCUUUGCAAAGUAUUGAUAUACCAAAUAAAAUUCUAUUGAGUGGUACGCCAAUUCAAAACGAUUUGGAUGAGUUUUUCACCAUCGUAGAUUUUUUGAAUCCUUCCAUUUUAGGAACAUACCAACAAUUUAAGAAAAACUUUAUUAUACCAAUCAAUAAAGCACGGGAUAUGAACAAUCAAUUUAAUAAGGAUAUUAUAGACUUGGGACAAGAGAGAUCGAAAGAAUUUGUUGAAAUUACAUCUAAAUUUAUACUAAGAAGGACAAAUGAUAUAUUAAAAAAAUAUUUACCUUCUAAAACAGAAUAUAUUCUUUUUUGCAAGCCAACCAGCCGACAAAUAGAAUUAUUUAAUGAAAUUUUGGUUAUGGGUAAUUUCCAAUUUGAUAAAUUGAACUUCAACUCAUCUUUGGGACUAAUUACUCUAUUUAAGAAAAUUUGUAAUUGUCCUACUUUGAUAAAUAAUGAUAAUUAUUACGAUUCAAACUUUGAUAAACAGAAAAAUAAAAAUAACACUUUUAUAAAUAAGCAUAAUGCGCAUGGUCCUAAUUCUGGGAAAUUGAUUGUGUUAAUGAGCUUAUUGGCUGAAGUUAGACAAAACACUGAUGAUAAAGUGGUUAUUGUUUCCAACUACACUCAAACACUAGAUAUCAUUCAAAAUUUAUUGAUAAGCAAUAACAUGUCGUUUUCUAGACUAGACGGAUCAAUAGCCAAUAAACAACGAAUUGUAUUGGUGAAUAAUUUUAAUAGGAUGAGCAGUGAAGAAAACUUUGCAUUUUUGCUAAGCGCCAAAUCAGGUGGUGUUGGAUUAAAUCUUGUUGGUGCUAAUAGGUUAAUUCUUUUUGACAAUGAUUGGAAUCCAGCCAUAGACUUGCAGGCCAUGGGGAGAAUUCAUAGAGAUGGCCAAAAAAAGGAAUGUUUUAUUUAUAGGCUGAUAACUACAGGGUGUAUAGAUGAGAAAAUUUUUCAACGUCAAUUAAUGAAAAUUAACUUGUCCAAAAAAAUUUUGGAAAUAAAUGCAGGAGGCAAUGAAAAAACUGUUCCAGUUGACGGAGGGGAAGAAAGUGAGACGGCAAGUGACGAUUAUGAAGAGGAAAAUUCAAAUAUUUUUUUUGAUCAUGAUUUAAAAGAUUUAUUCACUAUUAGAACAGAUACAAAGUCUAAUACACACGAUUUAGUUUGUUCGUGCUCUGGGGAUGGCUCGGUUGUAGUGGAUACUGCCAAAAAUGAAAAACAUAGGAUUAAAAAUGCGAUAGAAGGAUCUGAUUCGAUAGUUAAUGGGUGGGUUAACGCUUUGCAACUUAAAGAACAAAUAGAAAACCAAAAUAAAGAGCUAGAAUUGAAGAAGCAAAAAAUUAUGGAAAAGUGUUUGUACGGUUACAAACAUAUUGACCCGCAAAUUAAUAAAAAAAAGUUAUAUGAUAGUAUGUUAAGAAAAUCUAUCAACGAACAGGUUUCAUUUUUACUAGAAAAAAAUGAUAUAUGA